CCAACAUGUCGACGGAUAAGAUCACGUUCUUGGCCAACUGGCACGCUACCCCGUACCACGCUCCCGUGUACCUCGCUCAGGCGAAGGGAUACUUCAAGGACGAGGGCAUCAAGGUUGCUCUUCUGGAGCCCAAUGACCCCAGCGAUGUCACCGAGAUCAUCGGAUCCGGCAAGGUGGACCUCGGCUUCAAGGCCAUGAUUCACACCCUUGCUGCAAAGGCCCGUGGCUUCCCAGUGGUGUCCAUCGGCAGCCUGCUCGAUGAGCCAUUCACGGGUGUCAUCUACCUCAAGGAGUCCGGCAUCACCACCGAUUUCCGCUCCCUCAAGGGCAAGCGCAUCGGCUACGUGGGCGAGUUCGGCAAGAUUCAAAUCGACGAGCUCACCUCCCACUACGGCCUCACCCCAGCGGACUACACCGCCGUCCGCUGCGGCAUGAACGUCUCCAAGGCCAUCAUCAGCGGCGAGAUCGACGCUGGCAUUGGUCUGGAGAACGUCCAGAUGGUCGAGCUCGAGGAGUGGCUUGACAAGCAGGGCCGUCCCAAGACGGACGUGCAGAUGCUCCGCAUCGACGAGCUCGCCGAGCUGGGCUGCUGCUGCUUCUGCACCAUCCUCUACAUCGGCAACGAGUCCUUCAUCGAGAAGAACCCUGAGAAAGUCCGCGCUUUCCUCCGAGCCGUGAAGAAGGCCACUGACUUCGUGCUGGCCGACCCCAACAAGGCCUGGGCCGAGUACGUCGAUUUCAAGCCCGUCAUGGGCACUGAGCUCAACCGCAAGAUGUUUGAGCGCAGCUUUGCCUACUUCUCCAAGGACUUGAAGAAUGUCCAGCGCGACUGGAACAAGGUGACCAAGUACGGUCAGAGACUGGGAGUGUUGGAUGAACAGUUCAAGGCCAACUACACCAAUGAGUUUCUCACCUGGGAGCUUGAGGCCGAUUCUCAAGACCCGACCGGUGACCAGAAGCGCAUGGUCGAGUUGCAGUGCGAUGUUGCCUGCCGAGGAGGCUUCCGCCGUCUCCCAGCUGUCAUCAAGGCUUAA